GUCUGGCCGAGUCUUCAUUUGUUGGACCCACACGUUUACAGCCAAACCUCAACAUGGUCCCACACGUUUACAGCCACCUCCAUGAUCAACCUUCAUCUUUAACCUCUCCAGAGCUCCAAUUCCGUUUCUGUUCGAUCUCACAAUGGCGACUCUCUCUUCCACCUUGGCUCUCUACUUCUCCUUCGCACUCCUCUGCUUCAAUCUAAUUUCAGCUUCCUUUUCUCCUCUCGAUCACUACCUCAUUAACUGUGGGUCCCCGGAACACACCACCGUUGACUUCGACCACCGCCGCUUCACCGGAGACGUUUCCGACUCAACGGCGUCGUUUCUCACCUCCACGGAAUCGAUUUCACUCGCUGACCCAAACCCGUGUCCUAAAUCUUCUCCAAUUUACCACACGGCUCGUGUUUUCACGCGCCCAUCUAAGUACAAGUUCGUAAUCAAGAACCCUGGUAUGCACUUGGUACGUCUUCAUUUCCGUCGAUUAAGAGGUAGUCUUGAUUUUAGUAAUGCUAAAUUUCAUGUCUUGGCAAAUGGGUUUGUGUUAUUUAACAGUUUAAGUGUGGAGAUGGGUAAGGGUUUUGAGAUAGUUAAGGAUUAUGUGAUUGGGGUUGAUUCAGAUGUGCUUGUUAUCACUUUUGUGCCGAGUGAGAAGUCGAAUUUUGCGUUUGUUAAUGCGAUUGAGGUUAUUUCUGCUCCUAAUGAUUUGAUUGCUGAUGUGGCUCAGCAUGUUAGUUUUGAUAAAAAUGAGCAAAUUCAUGGAUUAUUGAAGAAUGGGUUUGAAACUAUGUAUAGGGUUAAUGUUGGUGGUUGGAAAGUUACCCCUUUUAAUGAUUCGUUAUGGAGAACUUGGGUUACUGAUGAUGAGUACCUCAAGUCUGAUGAUGGUUCUUCAAAGGUUCACUUUGGUGGCCGUAUAAACUAUCAAGAAGGUGGGGCGAGCAGAGAGGUUGGUCCUGAUAAUGUUUAUAAUACUGCGCGAGUUAUUAGGAGUUCGGGUAAUUCAAUCCCCGAGUUGAAAAUGACAUGGACAUUUCCGGUGACCAAAGGGUAUAAGUACUUGGUUAGGAUGCACUUCUGUGAUAUAGCUAGUAUUGCGCGUGGUAUGCUAUUUUUCAAUGUUUAUGUGAACAACAAUUUGGCCUACGAAAACUUGGACCUUACUGAAGUAACAAAUAGGUUGCUGGCUUCCCCUUUCUAUGCUGAUUUUGUCGUUGAUGGAGAUAGUUCCGGUGUUUUGACUUUGAGUGUUGGGCCAUCAAAUAUGAGUCUUCCACAUGCUGUAGAUGCCAUUCUGAAUGGGGUUGAGAUCAUGAAGAUAAAUAAUUCUGUGGGUAGUUUUGAUGGUAAGAUUUGUGCACAUGCUGUCUUGAAGAGUUGGAAGAGGGGAAAUGGUAACGUCCUAUAUCCUAUGCUAGCUGCUGUCUUCAUGCUGCUGAUGGCAUUUGUGAUCAUGCAUCGGAGAAGAACUGGGGUUACAGACUCUGUGGCCUGGUGGAGGUUACCCACUGAAAUUCCUGAAGUUAAUCUGAAAUGUGGCAACCAACUGUCAUCUAAUAAGCUCUGAUGGUUCUGAAAUAAGAGUAAAAUGAUAUCUUAUUUUUCACUACUUCGAAACUUCUAAGGGUGCCUUUAGCACAAAGUCAAUUGUCUUGUACUGUAAGUAUUCAUAUUUGUGUAAUUAAAAGCAAAUAGUAGCUGUUCUAACAGGAUUGGUUAUUGAUUUCCACUAUUUGAUAUUUUCUAUGUGCUAUCGUUUGUUUUUUCAAUUUAAUAUUCAGAGAAUGAAGAAUCUGAAGGUAUUAUCUUCAAUAAGCUUGUCGAGAAACUCAUAUUCAA